AUGCGUGAUCCCGACUACGUCAGAUUGGAUCCUCCAUUGAUCCCGGGGCUCCGCCGGAAAGAAAGACCGAAUAACUGGCCAGAAAAGACAGAUAUUGUAUGGAAGAAAUUCGUUGCCCCACAGGAUGUUCUUGACAAACCAAGUACCGUCACAGUCUCACAAGCUGGCAUCCUAAAUCUUCCUCCGGAACUUGUACUACAAAUCUUCUCCCAUGCGAGCCGAGAGAGCAGCAUCUGCCUGGCUCUCACUUGUAAGAGCCUUCUCGUGGCUUCAACACUCGCCAACCUCCAGCGGCCAACCUUGCCUCCGGAGAGCCGAAUUCCCUUUUCGGAGUACGAGGGUGCAAUUUUCCAUCCCGGUCAUCGUCAUCCGGGGCAUCUUUCACGAAGAGCAUUAAAUUCUGCCAAGAUUGCCUUCGCUAUCGGCCGACAGAACCUAGCUGGUGGGCAGGCAAGGGCGCACCAUGUCCCGGAAAGGUAG